UUUCCGUAUCGGUCCGCACUGUGAUUUCCGGUCACAGCGCUCUGUGGGAGGGCACAUGGAAGAACCACGAAGCUACAGUGAGAUAUCUCAUUGACAAAGGAGCUAAUGUUAACUUCAAGGAUAAGGCCGGACGUACACCGUUACACGAGGCAUCGCGAUAUGGUCAUACUACUCUAGUGGAGCUCCUAGUGGACCACAAGGCCGACAUUGACUCCUUGGAUGGGGCCGGCGAAUCCCCAUUGGCACAAGCAGUAAGCUGUUGUCGGCAUGAUGUAGUGGCGUUGUUAACGGCCAGGGGCGCUAAGUUGCAUAUCACAGACUCGCAGGGCAUCACAGUGCAGCACUUAGCGGCUUUUGCUGGGGAGCCCCAAAUGGCCGAUUGGCUCUACUAUAGAGGGGCUUGGAAGAAUAGGUACGCUGUAGAGCACAUCGAUAACAAGGAGGAGAAGGAUGCGAAUGCCGAGGAGGGAAAUAUGGUGGCGGCUAUCGUUCCCUAUACACAAGGCUCUGAGGCUGUCCAGGAAGGAGAUCACGAAGAAGUGAAUGAGGGCGAUGGAGAGACGGAGAGUUAA